CAAAAUGAAAGUGUUGCUUUUAGUUUCUCUGCUCUCUGUGGCUAUUGCCUCCGCAGACAACAGCACCGAGGUGCCUGAUGAGUUGGACGCACUUCCCGACAGCAUAAUUACCAAUGGCUAUCAGGCAGCUCGGGGCCAAGCUCCCUACAUUGUGUUUCUAUCUUUUGGCAACUCGUUCUGUGGCGGCACAAUUAUUGGACCCACCUGGGUGGUGACUGCAUCCCACUGCACAAAGCCCUACAAUUCGGUGACCAUCUACUACGGUUCUCUAAGACGUGCUCAGGGUGAAGUUGUGCACACUGUGCGGGGCAACAAUAUCAUCAACCACCCGAGCGAUGAUAUCGCCUUGAUACGCACUCCGCGUGUCAACUUCAACAACAAUAUCAGAAGCAUUCGACUUCCUCCUCAAAGUGAACGCAAUAAUGAAUAUGUAGGAGUAACUGGGUUGGCUUGUGGCUGGGGAGAAACAACCUCAACGAGCACACCCAACAGGCUGCAGUGCGUCAACUUGCAGGUGAUCAGCCAUGAAGAGUGUCGUCGCACUUACAGUUCGGAUUGGGCAAAGCCUCAAGUACUUUGUGUGGCAACUCCUGGCGGCAAAUCGACUUGUUUCGGCGACUCAGGUGGCCCUUUGACUGCCGAAAACAAUCAAAUUUUGAUUGGAGUCACCAACUUUGUCUCCGCCAGAGGCUGCACAUCUGGAGAUCCAUCCGGAUUUGCUCGUGUCACUAGCCAUCUGGACUGGAUAAAUCAACAUACUGGCAUUUCGUAUUGAUUUCUUUACCUUUUUAACUAUACUACUUAUUUUUUUUAUAACUUGUCUAAUAUGCAGACCAAAUAAAACAUAUUUUCAUGAGCAUUUAAAAUUAA